AUGGAAGACUUAGAUGGUGAUUAUUUCGAGAUACUAGUUGAUGAAUCAAAAGAUAUAUCACAUAAGGAGAAAAUGACCCUUGUUUUGCGAUACGUUGACAAAAAAGGUGAAGUGAUAGAGCGAUUUGUUGGUGUUGUCCAUCUGACACCCGUGGCUCUUGUAAAGAAGAAUUCAGAUAUGGAUGAUUUUUUUUGUUUAGUUACUAAUGUGUUGAAUAUUGUUGGAACAUCUUAUAAGCCCAGGGAUUUGCUCAGAAAACAUCAAGAUGCAAAGUUAGAGGAGUUGAUCAUUUAUGGUGAAGUGAACACAAGACGAGGACUAAAUCAACAACGUGGACUUCAAUGGCCAUGUGACACUCAUUGGGGUUCUCAAUGUAAGACAUUAGAGAACUUCAUUGACAUAUUUUCAUCAAUUCUUUAUGUGCUUGAAUUUGCUUCACGUGAAUGCCCAAAUUAUCUUGACAGACUUACAACUGAAACUCUUGAGAAUACGAUUAAAAGGUUUCAUUUCAUUUUUAUUCUCAACUUGAUAAUGAAAGUUCUAAUGAUAACAAAUCAUUUGAACUCCUCAUUACAAAAGAUGGAUCAAGAUAUUAUCAAUACUCUGGAACUGCUCAACACUGCAAAGCAAGAGUUGCAAAGGAUGAGAGAUAGUAGAUGGAGAUCAUUAGUAGAUGAUGUCUUUUCUUUUUGUGAUAAAUAUAAGAUAGCAAUUCCAAAAAUGAAUGCUCACUAA